AUGAGACGCUGCCCGUGCCGGGGGGGUGUGAACGAGGCAGAGCCCGGGGCGCUGCCGGCAGCGGGGGCCCGCAUGGGGCUGGAGGCGCCGCGAGGGGGGCGGCGGCGGCAGCCCGGGCAGCAGCGCCCGGGGCCCGGCGCCGGGGGCCCGGCGGGGCGGCCGGAGGGGGGCGGGCCCCGGGCCGGGGCCACGGGGUCCUGCCUCCACUCUGAAUGCGAGAAGGCCAGCCUGGGGCCUGAACCGGGCACAGACAGACAGACCGAGCCUGAAGCAGCCGGGCUCGGAGCGGAGACAGAGCGGCCCAGUCAGAAGACGGAGCCAGACCGGUCCAGCCUGCGGACACAUCCAGAGAGGAGCAGCCACUGGUCAGAGCCGGACACCCCCGGCCCCUGCACGGAGGAGACUGGCACAGAUGGAUUUUGUUCGGACCCACGCAGGCCUGGCCUCCAGGCUCGGCCACAGAGGGCCAGGCUCUGGACACAUCCAAGCGUUGAUGUGGCCUGGACAGAGUCAGAGAUCCAUGGGUCACAGACCCAGCCAGAGAGGUCCAAGCCCUGGACGGACCACCCCUGGACCCGCCAGGAGAGCUCUAGCCUUCAGACUCAGCUGGAGGGGGCCUGGCAGAAACUGUACCCCGAUGGCUCCGGGACACAACAGGAUCCCGAAGGCCCCUGGACAUCGUCUCACACUGGUGGCUCCCAGAUACAACAGGACACUGAAACAACCUGGAGACAGGUUGACACUGAUGGUUUUCCAACACCACAAGCUACUGAUGGCUUCCGGACACAGCCUGGCACUGAUGGUGCGCAGACACAAGAUACUCAAGGACCCCAGACAGAGCCCGGGACACACUACUCUUUGGGGGAACCCAACCAAGAUGGCCCAUUAGCGGAACCAGAACCUGGACAUUUGGUGACUCACCUGUACUCUCACCUGGGGUAUAACUCCCUGACCCCUGUGCCCCGCCUCAUCAUCACUCCUGAAACCCCUGAGCCUGAGGCUCAGCCAGUGGGACUCCUCUCCCGGGCUGAAGUGGGCAGUGGAGGCUUCUCCUCCGCCUCCUCUUUCGACGAGUCUGAGGAUGACGUGAUGGCCGGGGGUGGAGGUGCCAGCGACCCUGAGGACAGGUCUGGGAACAAAACCUGGAAGAAACUGAAGACAGUUCUGAAGUAUUCGCCCUUCGUCGUCUCCUUCCGAAAACACUACCCUUGGGUCCAGCUGUCGGGACAUGCUGGGAACUUCCAGGCAGGAGAGGAUGGCCGGAUUCUAAAGCGUUUCUGUCAGUGUGAGCAGCGCAGCCUGGAGCAGCUGAUGAACGACCCCUUGCGGCCUUUUGUGCCAACAUACUAUGGUGUGGUGCAAAGGGAUGAUCAGGCCUUCAACCAGAUGGAAGAUCUCUUGGCGGACUUCGAGGGCCCCUCCAUCAUGGAUUGCAAGAUGGGCAGCAGGACCUACCUGGAGGAGGAGCUGGUGAAGGCUCGGGAACGGCCCCGGCCCCGCAAGGACAUGUAUGAGAAGAUGGUGGCUGUGGACCCCAGGGCCCCCACCCCUGAGGAGCAUGCCCAGGGUGCCGUCACCAAGCCUCGCUACAUGCAGUGGAGGGAGACUGUGAGCUCAACCUCCACCCUGGGCUUUCGCAUUGAGGGCAUCAAGAAAGCCGAUGGGACCUGCAACACCAACUUCAAGAAGACACAGAAGCUAGAGCAAGUGACAAAGGUGUUGGAGGACUUUGUGGAUGGGAACCUUGGAAUCCUGAGAAAGUACGUGGCACGCCUAGAAGAACUCCGAGAAGCUCUGGAGAACUCCCCCUUCUUCAAGACCCAUGAGGUGGUGGGCAGCUCCCUUCUCUUUGUGCAUGACCACACUGGCCUGGCAAAGGUUUGGAUGAUCGACUUUGGCAAGACAGUGGCUCUGCCUGACCAUCAGACACUCAGCCACCGGCUGCCCUGGGCUGAGGGUAAUCGUGAGGACGGCUACCUCUGGGGCCUGGACAACAUGAUUCUCCUUCUUCAGGGGCUGGCCCAGAGCUGA